AGUUGACCCACAUCGUCUCUUAUACUUCUCGACAUCAACGACUAUGAAGGUUCUCGCUAUCCUUUACAAUGGCUACCAGGCUGCUUUAAAGGAGCCGCGUUUGCUGGGUACUGUGGAGAACCAGCUUGGACUUCGUGCAUACCUUGAGGGGUUGGGUCAUGAAUAUAUCGUCAGCAGUGACAAGGAAGGCCCUAAUAGCGACUUCCAGAAACACAUUAAGGAUGCCGACGUGUUGAUUACUACUCCGUUCCAUCCUGGAUAUCUGACCCCAGACCUUAUAGAGAAGGCCAAGAACCUCAAGAUCUGUGUUACUGCUGGUGUCGGUUCAGAUCACAUCGAUCUCCCCGCAGCCGUGAAACACAACAUCGAGGUCGUCGAGGUCUCCGGCUCCAAUGUCACUUCCGUUGCCGAGCACGUCAUGAUGUCCAUCCUCACACUAGUCCGCAACUUCGUCCCAGCUCACGAGAUGAUCGAGCGUGGGGAUUGGCAGGUCUCGGAUAUUGCGCGAAACGCGUUCGAUCUCGAGGGUAAGGUCGUGGGAACGAUUGGUGCUGGAAGAAUUGGGCGCAGGGUCUUGCAGAGGCUUGCUCCUUUCGACUGUAAAGAGUUGCUGUACUAUGACUAUACACCUUUGCCUCCUGAUGUUGAGAAGUCCGUGAACGCUCGUCGGGUUGAGAGCAUAGAGGAAUUUGUGGCCCAAUGUGAUGUGACCACCGUCAAUGCCCCUCUUCACGAAGGAACUCUCGACCUCGUCAACAAAAACCUGUUGAAGCAUUUCAAGCCGGGUUCAUGGCUCGUCAACACCGCUCGGGGCGCCAUCUGUAACGCCCAAGACGUCGCUGACGCCCUCGCCUCUGGUCACCUCAACGGCUACGCCGGUGACGUCUGGAACAAGCAACCUGCCCCAAAAGACCACGUCUGGAGGACAAUGAAGAACCCCCUCGGUGGUGGAAACGGCAUGGUUCCCCACUAUUCCGGAACAACGCUAGACGCGCAAGCGAGGUAUGCGGCGGGAACGAAGAGUAUCUUGCAGAACUUCUUUGAAGGCAAGCCGCAGGAGCCGGGCAAUAUCAUUGUCGCAAAAGGAGCAUACGCGACCAAGGCUUAUGGCCAACGUUGACUCACUGCAUGAGCCGGUCGUUAAGGAUAGAACGCUCGAUGACAGUAUUAGAAACUUGAUCAGCCAGAGCUCCAGAUUUUGCCACGAACUUUUGCAACGUACCUCGUGCUGUAUGUUUCUUUACGCGUUUUCUGUAUGAUUUGAUAUGUGCUGGCAUCCUAUCUUGCAUGGCGCGACCUUCGAGUCCUUGGUGUUGAAC